GCGGCAUCGAGGCGUGAGUGUCUACGCGAGUAACAGUUUUCCGGCUCGAUUCCCAAAACUUUCACGGUUAUUCGCUUGAACCCGACGACUUCGUGAGAGAUUGUCUUCUGCCGUAGAAAACGAGAGCUGAUGAAUAGCGAACGGAAGUCGAUCAUCUGGGCGAAUCGGAAGCUGUGAACCGAGGACGUUCUCACGGCUCGAAGGAGACGGAUUUUAUCGGGACAAUAAUCCUGGAGAUUUUGGAUACAGUAAUUGGUCCAAUGCGGUGAUACUCGAAGAACCCAUCCAAGGAAUACAUAUCAGUCCAUAUCACUUCGGUCCAUACCUACCCCUUUGACCAAUUGAACAUAUCGAUCUUCCGCAAAUCAGCUGAAAUGCAGGACCAACGAUGAUCCAUCGUCCCCGAACAGUUCAUAUCGGAUGUCGAUCUCGCGUGAUCGGCAAGCUGUCCAACAGUGUCUCGUAACCGGAUCGUUUCUCCCCGACUUUCGUUCAGGAUUUCGAGGUACCUCGCGAAAAGGGGGACCGGUGUACAUAGUUUGGUGGAAGUUGGAGGCGAAAGAGGAGUAGCAAGACGAAAGGAGAGGAUGUCGCUGAGGUAACGCGAUCUCUCGAGCCGGCUGAAGAACGAUCGUGAAUCGAACCGUGCUCGAAAGGGGAAUAUCGGGUGAAGAAGAAGGGUUACCUUAGCGUUCAAUCGAAAAUGGGUUUCCCCAGAAGGAGAUCGUUGUGGUUGAAGGUGGCCGUGGUGGCCGCCGCGGUGUGGAUCACCGUGUGCUUUUUGCUCUACACGGAGGAUCGGGCGAACGCGGCCGUUCAGGGUUUGGCGCCGUCCGGCGUCGCGGCGCCUCAGAUGGCCAAUGGAUUCGUGCCGGUUGCGGCACCGCUUAGAAAGGAGACGCCACUUAGUGCGCAGGCGAAGGCCAAGGUGGUGCAGGCUGGACCCGAACAAGGCGGUGGUGUACUCGUUGCUCCUCGCGAACAGGACUCGAGUGCUCCUGGUGAAAUGGGGAGGCCUGUGAUUCUGCCGACAAAUUUGACUGCUGAAACUAAAAAACUCGUCGACGAUGGAUGGCUAAACAACGCGUUCAAUCAGUACGUCAGCGACCUGAUUUCUGUUCAUAGAACACUGCCUGAUCCCCGCGAUCCAUGGUGCAAAGAACCUGGAAGAUAUUUGAAAGAGCUUCCACCCACAGCAGUGAUCAUUUGCUUUCAUAACGAGGCCUGGUCAGUAUUGCUGAGGACAGUUCAUUCUGUGUUAGACAGAUCACCGGAACACUUAAUACAGGAAAUCAUCUUGGUCGAUGAUUACUCUGACAUGCCACACCUCCAACGUCAACUGGAAGACUACAUGAUGAACUACCCCAAAGUGCAAAUCAUUAGGGCGCAAAAACGAGAGGGUCUUAUUAGAGCACGCUUACUCGGGGCUGCAGCCGCGAAGGCACCUGUUCUCACAUACUUGGACAGCCAUUGCGAAUGUACCGAGGGUUGGUUGGAACCACUUCUCGAUCGGAUUGCUCGUGAUCCAACGACAGUCGUUUGCCCCGUGAUCGAUGUUAUCGACGACACCACACUGGAAUAUCACUGGCGAGAUUCCGGUGGCGUGAAUGUCGGUGGUUUCGAUUGGAAUCUCCAGUUCAACUGGCACGCGGUUCCUGAAAGGGAGAAAAAGAGGCACAAGAAUCCCGCAGAGCCUGUAUGGUCACCGACGAUGGCUGGCGGCCUCUUCUCGAUAGAUCGAGCUUUCUUCGAACGCCUCGGCACGUACGACAGUGGCUUUGAUAUUUGGGGUGGCGAAAAUCUCGAGCUUUCUUUCAAAACCUGGAUGUGUGGAGGCACCCUGGAAAUCGUGCCGUGCUCGCACGUGGGCCACAUCUUCCGGAAACGUUCGCCGUACAAGUGGCGUAGCGGCGUGAACGUGCUCAAGAGGAACAGCAUACGGCUGAGCGAAGUAUGGCUGGACGAGUACGCCAAGUACUAUUACCAGAGGAUAGGUCACGACAAGGGCAACUACGGGGACGUGUCGGAUCGGAAGGCCCUCAGGAAGAAACUCGGCUGCAAAUCGUUCAAAUGGUACCUCGACAACGUUUAUCCGGAACUGUUCAUACCUGGAGAAGCUGUGGCUUCCGGCGAGGUACGUAAUCUCGGAGAAGGAGGUAACACCUGUCUGGAUUCGCCAGCACGCAAGGCAGACUUGCACAAACCGGCUGGGCUCUACCCCUGCCAUCGACAGGGUGGAAAUCAGUACUGGAUGUUGAGCAAGACCGGGGAGAUCCGCCGAGACGAGUCGUGCUUGGAUUACAGCGGCACCGAUGUCAUCCUCUAUCCAUGUCACGGUAGCAAGGGUAAUCAACAAUGGAUUUAUAAUCCUCAGACGAAGCAGAUCAGACACGGCAGCAGUGACAAAUGUCUGGCGAUCACGGAGAGCAAACAGCGUCUGAUCAUGGAGGAGUGUUCUCCGAGCGCAGCGAGACAGAGGUGGUCCUUCGAGAAUUACGAUCCAACGAAGCUGUGAUAUCGCGCCUUUUCGCGUCGUCAAUCGAAGGAUCUAAUCCGGAAGUUCGAUCAUCCGGGUUCCUGGGUGUCUGUUCAACGUUACUCCGUCGCUAGAACCCGUUUCGGAAGAUAGGCGGCGUGGUUUCGGGGCUUGAACGUCCCGAAACGUCAUCGAUCAGACACUCGAGAUCCAUCGCGAGACGAAUAACACGCUCCGUGAUAACACGCGCUAAAGCAUCGAAGAGAUCCGAUACGGCGAAAUGUAAUUUUCUAAGUUGUAAGACAGAAGUGCAAUAGAAACGUCGUUUGAGGGGUGAUCGAGGAGAAAACUGUCCCUUCGAUAUAUAUGCUGUAAUCGAUGUACAAUGAAAGACCCCGGGACACUUUGUGAGUGAUCGAGAGUCGAUUGUGGCUCGAGGAAUGCUUUCGCUGGCAUUGAAGGAUUGAAAGCUUCCCGGAGGAGCGUGAAACGGUAAAUAGUUGGGUGUAGGAUUUCAAUCUUCUUCUUCUUCGUCUUCUUUAAGAGCUCGUUGAGGAGGGGAUGUUCUUUUAAUUUUAUUCCUUGUUAACGAGUGCUUUUUGUCAGUUGGACGGUGUUGCUCGUAAUUGUCGUUUUUAUUCCUUAACGAGUUUAUUGGGAAAUGUGACACCUUAGCUGAACUGUCCUUAAUAUUUUUAUUCUUUGACGAGUUUUUUUGCAAGCUCAUUAAAAUAAGAACAUGUAGCACUACAAAUUAUAGCAAUACUUGGAGCUAGCAGUUUUUAUUGGUUUUUAUUACGUAAAUUUAUUUGCGAAUCGUGGAGAAAUUUAGAUAGUGUAAUGGGACAUAGUGAUACUUGCCCAGUGGCAUUAGUAGUUUUUAUUUAAUUUUAUUGCAGAGAUUAUUGAGAAAAUGAGAAUAUAUAAUACGACAAAUUGUACAUCUUUAUUUUAGAAAUUUUUAGACACUAGGUUACAUAUGCAUAGUUAAAUUUUAUGUUGCCAACAAAUAAUGCGAUAGCAAAUAAUAUGAAAAUAUAAAAGAAGGUUUCAGCGCCUAAUCAACACAAGAUUAACAGUUACGAGUGACACUAUUUCCUCGGAUAGUUUAUGAAGUUGAAUCGUUGCGUUUAAAAAGUUUGAUGAGUUGAAUGUUAAAUAAUGGAGUUACAUAGCUUUGCACAAGUACUUAUCCAUCGAAUGUGUUGUUCGAUGAAUAUAUAAUUUAGGUUAAUAUUGAGAUUACAAAGAGCGGAUCAAUGCAUCAAUGACAGCGAAAAGCGUGUCAAAUAAUUCGUUCAUUUUAUUGAGAUUGAUAAACGAACACAUCGGUCUUCGAUCGUUGCUUUUGAUCGUAGAUCAUUGUUUUAAAGAGCGAUUUUUGUGAGCUGAGAUACGAGUGCCAUCUCAGAGACGAUUUGGUGAUUUUGUUUCAUUGGUGAAUGACGAAUCGUUAGUUGUAAGUAAAAUUUUGUAUUUAGAAAUUUAAUGUGUACAAUGGAGAUUCCAUAUUUAAUUUAGUCUAAAAAUUUUUUUAUAAAAUUCAUAAUUUUAUAUAUAAAAAAACAAAGUUGUGUGAUCUUAUAUUUGUAUGUGAAAAAAAAAUUGUAAUAAUAUAAAUCCUAUUUAAUUUAAAUUUAGUAUAUAACUUUCAAGAACAGAUAUCCAGAAUGAAAAAUUCACUGAAAUUUUGUGUGAAUUAAAUUUUCAUUGCAUCCUGAAUAAACUUUAUAGUAAUAAACCAAGAAUAAAC